UGGGGGGGGACAAGCUCCGCCCAACGGCCCAGGCCCCGCCCCCCGCGUCUCAUCCGCUCCGCCUCGCGCCUGGGUGAGAGGCCGAGAGUGUCGUCAGCUUCCCGCGCCGCACGGCCACGUGACCUGGAAGCAGCGGCGGGAGCUGCUGCGAGGAAGCAGCAGCCUCCUGAGGAAGGGCCUGUAAACCUGGAGCUGCAGAGGACUUCCCCAGGGAGAUGGGGAGAGAGGGGCUCCCUGGCACCUGAGCUGGGCCCGGGCAGGCCUUCAAAGCAGGGGGAGAGCAUGGAGAUCCGGGAGGCCUUUGAGGACGUGGCUUUGUAUUUUACGCGGGAGGAGUGGGAGCUGCUGGAAGAUGAAAGCAAGGGGCUUUACCGGGACCAGAUGCUGAGGAAUUACCAAGCCCUUGUUUCCCUGGGAUACCGAGGUCCCAUGCCUGACUUAAUCUGCUGCAUCCAGCAAGAAAAGGUGGAGCUGUGGGUCUGUGCUGAGGAGCACCAUGGGGAAAUCUCAAGGUGGGAGGACCUGCUGCCAGGAGGUGCCUGGCUGCUGAGCAGAACUGAGGUGCAGCGUCCUGUGGAAGGCUCUGCAAACCUAGAGCCAGUACUAACUUCCCCAGGGAGUUUGGGUGAGAUGGAUGUGCUGCGACCUGAGCAGAAGCAAUGGCACAAGAGUCAAUGGUGGCUCCAAACGCUGGAUAAUGUAGUGGUAAACCAGGUCCCAUCUCCAACUAGGUAUGAGAGUGGAGAAGGUAGAGAAGCCAGAAAGAGCCCUGGGUGCAAGGAAGAAACUGUGGAGUUGAGAGUCCUGGAGAGCCACACAUCAAAGGUCCACUUCAGACAGAGACAGUCACGUCAGUGCCCUGACUGUGGGAAGAGCUUCACCCGAUCCUCCAGCCUGACCCGACACUGGCGCAUCCACACAGGGGAGAAGCCAUAUCGGUGCUCUGAAUGUGGGAAGAGCUUUGCCCAAUCAUGCAACCUGGUCCACCACCAACGCGUCCACACAGGGGAGAAGCCAUAUCGAUGCUCUGUGUGUGGAAAGAGCUUCACUCAGUCAUCUAGCCUGGGCCUGCACCAGCUUCUCCACACAGGGGAGAAGCCACAUUGGUGCCCUGAAUGUGGGAAGAGCUUCAUCCAGUACUGCAGGCUGGCUGAGCACCAGCUUAUCCACACAGGGGAAAAGCCAUAUGAGUGCUCCGUGUGUGGGAAGAGCUUCAGCACACCCACCUACCUGACCAGGCACCAGAGUAUUCACACACGGAAGAAGCCAUAUCGAUGCUCUGUGUGUGGGAAGAGCUUCACCCGAUCCUACACUGUGUUUCAGCACCAGCGCAUCCACACAGGGGAGAAACCAUAUCUGUGCCUUGAGUGUGGGAAGAGCUUUACCUAUUCUUCCAGCCUGGCUCUGCACCAGCGCAUCCACACAGAGGAGAAGCCACAUUGGAGCUGCAGAGGACUUCGCCAGGGAGAGAGGGGCUCCCUGACACCUGAGCGGGGCCCGGGCAGGCCGUCAAACGGGGAGAGCAUGGAGCUCCGGGAGGCCUUUGAUGACGUGGCUGUGUAUUUCACGCGGGAGGAGUGGGAGCUGCUGGGAGAUGAAGACAAGGGGCUUUACCAGGACCAGAUGCUGAGGAAUUACCAAGCCCUCGUUUCCCUGGGAUAUCGAGGUCUCAUGCCUGACUUAAUCUGCCGCAUCCAGCAAGAGCAGGUGGAGCUGUGGGUCUGUGCUGAGGAAGACCGUGAGGGAAUCUCAAGGUGGGAGGACCUGCUGCCAGGAGGUGCCUGGCUGCUGAGCAGAACUGAGGAGCAGCGUCCUGUGGAAGGAUCUGCAAACCUAGAGCCAGUACUGACUUCCCCAGGGAGUCUGGGUGAGAUGGAUGAGCUGAGACCUGAGCAGGAGCAAUGGCACAAGAGUCGGGGGUGGCUCCAAACACUGGAUAAUGUAGUGGUGAACGAGGUCCCAUGUCCAACUAGGCAUGGGAGUGGAGAAGGGAGAGAGGCCAGAAAGAGCCCUGGGUUCAAGGAAGAAAUUGUGGAGCUGAGAGAUCAAAAGAGCCACAAGACAAAGGUCCACUUCAGACAGAGACGGUCACAUCAGUGCCCCGAGUGUGGGAAAUGCUUCAACCGAUCCUCCCAACUGACUGGACACUGGCGCAUCCACACAGGGGAGAAGCCAUAUCAGUGCUCUGUGUGUGGGAAGAGCUUUGCCCAGUCUGGCAACCUGGUCCACCACCAGCGUGUCCACACAGGGGAGAAGCCGUAUCAGUGUCCUGUGUGUGGGAAGAGCUUCACCCAGUCCUCUAGCCUGGGCCUGCAUCAGCGUCUCCACACAGGGGAGAAGCCACAUAGGUGCUCUGAAUGUGGGAAGAGCUUCAUCCAGUACUGCAGGCUGGCUGAGCACCAGCUUAUCCACACAGGGGAAAAGCCAUAUGAGUGCUCUGUGUGUAGGAAGAGCUUCAGCACACCCACCUACCUGACCAGGCACCAGAGCAUCCACACACGGAAGAAGCCACAUCGAUGCUCCGUGUGUGGGAAGAGUUUCACCCGAUCCUACACCUUAUUCCAGCACCAGAGCGUCCACACAGGGGAGACACCGUAUCAGUGCCUUGAGUGUGGGAAGAGCUUUCCCUAUUCUUCCAGCCUGCGUGUGCACCGGCAUGUCCACACAAAGGAGAAGCCACAUUGAAACUUCAUGUAUGGGAAGGUUUCAUCCUGUCCUCCUACCUGGCCUAGCACCAGUUCAUCCACACCCAGAAGCAUCCAUAAUUUUCUCAGCAAUGCAAGACAGGCUUUGGGAUGUCUGCCUGCUCAGCAUCCUGCAGUGGCUGCAUUCAGGCAUCAUGCAGACAGAGUGCAGAAAGAGUUCACUGAGCCUUUGGCACUUGUAGGGCACUUUAGACCCCAAAGAAGCCAGAAGCUGGCUCCAAGGUUUCAUUGCUGGGGAGGGACUACGAUGGGGGCAGGCAGUUAUUUCAGGUGGAGGGCCGAUUACUGAGUUUUGGCAAGCCAUCAAGGGCCGCAUGACAGGUAGCCAGAGGCAGAUAAAUAUUAAUUUUCAACAUUUUUAGGGGCCCUGUGGGCCGAAUAAAAUGGCCUGGCAGGCCACAUCUUGCCCACCCCUGGACUAAGAGGAAGCACUUUAGGCAGAGGCCAGCCCAGACCUUGGGGGAACCUAUGAAGAGAAGAUCUUUGUAUUAGGCUUCAUGUGCCUGUGCCUUCCACUUCAUUUUCUAAGAGCAGCCAGUGCUCCCAGGGGAAGAAGUGCCAUCAUAAUAGGGUGCCUUCCCCAAGUCACAUGGCUCCAAGUGAUACCCAGGGACUGUCCUUGGCCACUUCCCAGCUUCGCCCUUCAUCUUGGUCCCAGGUUUCUGGUAUGUGAGGCCCUUAGUUGCAGGAAGGAGGAUAUUUAUGGCGGGAGAAGCAUUUCCUGCUCUCUAGCCUGACCUUACCUUUUCUUCCCACCCCAUAGUCUCUUUCUGAGGCCUGCUCAUGCUCAUCGUGUGUUUGCAAGGAGCUGAUGCCACCAACCCCCGAGCUCCAUUUGCCAGGUAUUGCUUUUCAGCCUCUUUCCAGGACACUGCACCACUGGGUGCCUGGUGCUCCCCCUUCCCUAAAGGGAUCUUCACUGCCUUCUCUGUAACAGGGAGUCUCUGCUAAGGAAGCACCAGAAGUGAACAUGCUAUCCCUGUGGACGGUUUCUGUUUCCUGUCCAGAGCUGCGCGAUAGGAACAGACCAGGGUCCCAAACCCUUUCCAGGGUAGGUAUCUCUGAUUUCACAGCCCCUUCUCUUUCCAGAAGAUUCACCAUAAUCCAGUGGUUGCUAACCCUGGGAAGAGGAGUUGGUCACACUUGAAGCUUUUCUCCCAUGUUUUGCUGUGCAACAAGAACCCUGCACGUUUGGAGGAACUUCUGGCCAGGGUCAGUAGGGUCCCUUUUCUGGGGGUAGCAGGGCUAAGAAGGUGCAGCAUGUGGCAGGUCCAGCCUCCCCUGUGGAGGGGUGGGGAAAGUGGUCAUCCCCUAGGUGAACUGCAGAAUGUUGUAUCCUGUAGUGAAGUUGAAGCCGCCCUACUAGUGUCAAAGCUCUUUGGCUUCAAGUGUCCUGUAGGGGCUACUCUGAGGUUAAUAUCCUAUCAUUGAGCACACUCAUUCAUCUCUUCUUUACCCUUCUUCACCCUGGCUUCUUUACUUUUCAUUCCAUCCAGGAAGAGCACACACCAACUGCUGACACUUCCUUAGCCUGACGAAGGGUUUUUGAACCUGAAAGCUUGCUUAAUAACUAUUCUCCAACUAUUUGGGUUGGUCUAAUAAAAGAUAUCAAAUUCACCCAA